GUUUAUGUUGUGCUGCUGUUACAGUGCUUUAUAGUGCUUAGACUUCCUAGCGUGAAGUUAAAGUCUGGUCCGUCCUUCAGGACCUUCAGUAGUUUCAAUUUUUUUAUCUUAGCUUAUUUUAUCUAUCUUAAAAAUACUUUUGAUUUCUGGGAAUUUCCGAUUUAAAAAAUCUUCAUCAUAAAAACCGCGAUGGGAGGGGGAGAUUUGAAUUUGAAGAAAUCAUGGCAUCCAAACACAAUGAAAAAUAUGGAGAAGGUAUGGAAAGCAGAGCAGAGACAGGAAGCAGAGAAGAAGAAAAUUAAAGAAUUGCAAAGAGAGCUUCGAGAAGAACGAGCCCGAGAGGAAAUCACCAAAUACGCGGAGGACCAAGGAGUCAUAGAGAAAAAAGAUGGUUCUAAACUUGACUGGAUGUACCAAGGACCUGGCAAGCAGAUUGACCGUGAGCAGUACCUUUUGGGCAAAGCCAUUGACAAGCCUUUGGAGGAACAGCUCUUGACUGAUAAACCCUCAAGCACAAGUAUUGUGGAUAGUACAUCUCGAAUGCAUCCUGAAUAUGACGGAAUCCCCACAAAUAUUUUAAAAACUCUUGGUGGUGGGACCGGCCAAGUAGAUAUGGCCAGAAAAAUGAUGGAAGACCCGCUCAGUUCUAUCAGAAAAAGGGAAGUUGAGACCAGAACUGAGUUGUUGUCCAAUCCUGUGAGGAUGAAGCAACUCAAGAUGAUGCUUCAGGAGUCCGAAAAGCAUGGAAAAAAGCGUAAAAAACAUAAGAAAGAGAAGAAGAACAAGAAGAGCAAAUACAGUGACGAUGAGGACCUUGACAAACUACUUGCUGCCAAAUUGAGCAAAUUGAAAGAUGUUGUUGAGAAAAAACAAUUGCAAAAAAUCCUUGGCGACAAAGAUGAGUCUAAAAAGAGGUCAAGAAGUCGAUCUGCCUCUCUUUCAUCUGAAGAAGAUAUGCCAAAGAAGAAAGCCUAUGGAUUAGUGCUUCCUGCUGGCUACUCCAAAAAGGAUUCCAACUGGAGAGACAGAUCACGCUCUCCUCCAAAGAAAAAGAAGGCACCCUCUCCCCCUUCCAGAUACAGAAGAGAACCCCCCAAAAAGUUGUCUGAGGAAGAGAAGGCUGCAAAAUUGAGGGAAAUGCAAGCAAAUGCAGGCUGGCGUGAUCACGAAAGAAGCAAAAAUGUCAAGCGUUACCGAGAGGAGGACCAAUUUGAAGUUGAACAUCACAAGGAGAAGUUUGACAAUAGUUUCAUAAACAAACAACUAGCCAAGGCUGCUGAAAGAAGCACCGUCGAGGAGAGAAUACGAUCCAAAAAACAUUACAUACAGAGAGGCACAGGGACUAUGGAGAAAAAUUUUGCUAGGAGAUAACAUUGAAAUAUAGGACAGCUGCACAGGUGUAGCACAUAUAUUUAACAACAGAA